UCUAACCUCGACUUCCUUCCUGCUUUCAGUCGUCCCCUCGUAUACUACAGUAAUAAUCGUCCCGAGUAAGCGCAUGAUUCUCGCUGCAAUCGAUAUUACUACUCAAAGAUCCAAUUUCAUUCACAUUAUCCAGUUCCGUCCUUGCUAACAUUUACUUUCCCGUUUUUCUCAAGAAAUAAUGCAUUUUCUUCCCAUCACUCCGAUUUGUCGCAUCUGUAAAAACUAAAAAAAAUCCAACGGUGUUAAUAAAAUGUUGUGUUAGAUUGCCGAAGUAGAAGACAAAAUGCUGGCUACAGGGGGUAUGAACAUGAAUGAAAAGAGUUAUAUUCUGGAGGGUACAGGACGAAGGAAUUUAUCGGAAGACCGGGGAAGCAGUAUUGAUUCCAACGAAAAUGCUUUUGAUGACAUGAAACAACUAAUAAGCGAUGAAGAAAACGAUAAGACUAAUACACUUCCUUGGGCUAGUUUUAAUUUUAUUAACUCCAUCAUUGGAAGCGGCGUAAUUGGAAUCCCGUAUGCACUUCAUGAAGCUGGUUUUGGUUUUGGAAUGUUACUACUCAUAUUUGUAGCUUUUGUUACUGACUAUUCCUUAAUUCUGAUGGUUAAAAGUGGACAUAUAAGUGGCAAAUUUUCUUACCAAGGAAUCAUGGAAGCCGCGUUUGGUAGACCUGGCUAUAUUUUACUUGGAUUUCUGCAAUUUGUUUAUCCCUUUAUAGCAAUGGUAUCCUACAAUAUCGUUGUAGGUGAUACGGUAACUAAAGUGAUAAUAAGACUGACGGGAAUUGGACCAGAAUCGUUAUUUGCCAAAAGAGAAGUUAUAGUAUUGAUAGCCACGUUGUUAAUAACUAUUCCUCUUUGUCUAUACAGGGAUGUAGCAAAAUUAGCAAAAGUAUCAUUUUUAAGUCUUAUCUGCGUCGUAUUUAUUUUGUUUGCAAUAUUUCUGAGGAUGGGAACAAUAGGUGAUAUUGUACCCUCUCAUCCCGAUUCAUGGAAAUUUAUCAAUAAAGAUAUUAUUCCCGCUAUUGGAAUAAUGGCCUUUGCGUUUAUGUGUCACCACAACACCUUUCUAAUCUACAGCUCAAUCGCUGAUGCAAACCAGAAAAAAUGGGAAAUAGUGACCCACGCUUCAAUUUUUGCCAGCUUGGUUGUAGCUAUAAUGUUUGGAAUAGCAGGAUACACAACAUUUAAAGCUUAUUCCCAAGGAGAUUUACUGGAAAAUUAUUGCUGGGAUGACGACCUCAUGAACGUCAGCCGCCUUCUUUUUAGCGUCCAAAUUUUACUAACAUACCCCAUCGAGUGUUUUGUUACAAGGGAAGUUAUAGAAAACUCCAUACUAGGAAGAGACCCCAACGUUCCUAUAUCACCGAGGGUUCACUACAUUCUAACUCUGGGAAUUGUGAUCACAACCUAUCUUAUUUCUAUUACUACUUACUGUUUGGGUGUUGUUUUGGAGUUAAAUGGAGUUCUGGCUGCGGUGCCAUUGGCUUACGUCCUUCCAGCUUUGUGCUACCUCCGUUUGGAAGAAGGCUUUAUCUUCUGCAGAAAAAAGUUGCCUGCUCUAGGCGUCGGUGUGUUUGGAAUAAUUGUUGCAAUAAUGGGAGCGAUAUUUUUGAUCGUUGACUUUAAUCAAGUAGACACCUGCAUAGAAAGUCAGGUCAUGGAAUACUGCAAUCGAACCUCUUACCAAAACGAUACAAUAAGUAGUUCUUAAAUAUUUUUUGAAUAUUGUACAGCUUGUUACCAUAGUAUUAAAAACAAACGGUAGUGACACUCUUGUCGGGGCCUUUGAAGUUUUUGAAGUCUCGUUUUGUAGAAGCAGCCAUCUUUGUCAUCUGAGGCGAGAAGUUGUGACUGGACUGACUCAAUGAAAAAUCUUUCUGGUAAUCAGAAUUAUUAAAAGCCCUAUUGUAGGACUCAGUGUUAGAAAUAUUAGACGAAUUAAAUAGGUUAAAUAAAUUAUCAAAUCUUUGAAUGAUCUCAGUAGUUCCAACAGCUUCAAGAGGCAACAUAUUAAAACGAAUGUAAACCAGCAGCAACUGUGCUUCUACGCAUCUGAGUUAGAGGUCCCGUCAUAUAUGGGAUGGUUAAUUUGUAUAUUAUGGCGCAUCUAAAAUUGGUCUAAGAACCAUCUUUAAGUUAGUGAUUGUAAUUGAAAUAAUAUGCAAAUUAAUGCCAUCCCAAAUGACAGGACCUCUACUAGUCAAAACCUUCAAGAUUGAAAGUAUGCAGAAGCGCACUGAGUUCUGCAACUUUUUGCCGCAAUCUGUCUGCGCGAAAAAAUGCGUGACUUCAAGAAGGUCGCAGAGUGUCAUUACUGUUUGUUAUAUAUAUAUAUAAAUAUACUGGGUUGUUACUAUAUUAAUCUGGAUUAUAGCGAAUCACAGCAAUACAGUUAACCAAGCUAUAGUCUCGAUAAAAACAAUGAAGGUUUAUAGUAUUUUAAUUAACAUGAUAAUAAGUUUCUUAUGACUUUCUAACGCUUAUACAAAUCGCAUAAUUUUUGUCUUUACGACUUUACACUAUAUUUUGUAUUUUAUUUAAAUCUGUAUAUUACUGGCAGCAGCUAUAUUAUUAUUUUUGAUACUAUAAAACUUUUUAUUCUAAUAUAAAAUAUUCUUCCAAUCAAUGUCGAACAUGAUUAAUAUACGUAAGUUAAACCAUGAAAUUAAUAGAUAGGUAUCACUAAUACUUGUGAAAUUAACAGUUUUAUAUAAAAUACUUAUGCCAAAAUCCAGGGCCCCCGCAAUUCUGAUUGGCGCCCGCGUGCGGCACAUAUUUUAGCGCCCUUUAAAUCUACUAUACAUAUAAAAUUUAAACCCAGAAUGAAAGACUACAUUAUUACUGAGGCAGAAAGUUCCUGAAAACUUCUAUAAUGUUUAUUUUAAUAAGUUACAGGGGUGAAAAUAAAAGAGAAAAUUUAGUGUGAUUUUUAAUAAUUGCAAAUAUUUCAUUCAAAAGAAACGUUUUAUUUAUUUUAAGGGACUGUCGGCCCUCGGGAAUAACGUUAUCUUUCAUUCUGCGUUUAAAUUUUUAAAAAAUAGUUAUUAAUUUUCUCAGGAUACGAAAAAAAUGAAUAUAUUUAAAACACUAUUAAAAAUUUUGAAAGGCGACAUUUUGCGCCUUUCCCCUCCCCUUAAAUGUUUUGCAACAUUAAUGAAGCACCCUGCAUAUUAAAUUAAAACUAUACAUUUAAGUAAAUAAACAAUAAUAUUUUGUCAUUUCAAAGUUUUCAAACUAAUUUUAUACAGGGUGUUUACAUAACUAGGAACCAUAUGGGAAACUGUUUUAUUAUUAAUUUUAGGAGAAAAAGUUAUUCUUCAUAAAAAGUUCUGCAUUGUCUAGAACUCAGAAGGCAACCAUCAAAUAUCAAAUUUUAUGAAUCUUAUACGAGGUAUGUCAAAAAGAUGAAUUUCGGUCAAAGGCAAAGUACGACUAGUUUUCACAAUAUUGAAAAGUUAUUAUGAAAAGUUGUUCAGCAAUAAAAACUAUGUUUCUAUAUGCAAUUACAUCCUUCUAAUAGAAAUAUAUUGUGAUCUAGAAAGGUACUUUACUUUUGAUCGAAACUCAUAUUUUUUUACAUAUAUCUCACAUAAAAUUGAAAAAAUUUGAUAGGAUUUGAUGGUUGCAUCUUAGAGUUUAGACCAUGCAAAGCUUUUUAGAAAGAACUUUUUAUCGUACAUUAAUUGUGUUCUUUAUUUUCAUAGGUAAGGGAUGGGUCGCGAAUAUGAAAAAACAUCAGAAAGGGUCGCCAGACAUAAAAUGUUGGGAACCACUGAAUUAAACAAUAACAAUAAAAGAGUUAUCGCAUUAUUCGUAAUAAAUAAAAAGGGCGUUGGGUAUCUGUAAUUUGAGAAAAAAAAAAUUCAAAAAAGGAUGUAAUUGCAUAUUAUAACAUUGUUUUUAAUUAAUUCCAAACAACUUUUCAUAAUACUAAUUUUCGAUAUUGUGAAAUAUAAGGUAGGUGCUCUUGAUCGAAAUUCAUAUUUUUGAUACUCAUAAGAUUGAUACAAUUUUAUAUUUGGUUGCAUUUUAGUUUUUGGACUAUGCAAAGCAUUUUAUGAAGAAUAAAUUUUUUCCGUAAAAUUAAUAAUAAAAAAGUUUCCCAUCUGGUUCCAAGUUACGCAGAUACAAUGUCUUAAUUAUUUUCUUUUUUUUUUUCAAAAUAAAUUGUAAAUUGUAGAUUUUAUUAGAGGAAACCCGAUUAUAACUAUUUAAAAUGAAUUAUUAUUAUUAUUCUAUGCAAUGAUUAUGAUACUUAACAUUUUCACAAUUAAUUUAAUUUCCACACCACUUAAAAUAACAACAAAUAAAAAAGUUUGUCCAAAUAUUUUUUACACGAAAACAAAAGUUUAAAAUCAGGGCAGAACAAACCCAGAUAUUGCAGAUAUUGCAAUAAUAGUCGUAGGUAAUUAUUAACACCAAUAUAAAAUAAAAUUUUAAACCUUUCACUGCAGGAAAGAUGUUCACCGGUUCACCAGUAACAGUAAAAAUAAUGUUUGUGCCUAAUAAACACAUAUGCGAGAAGGGAAAAGGUACUCAAGUCGAAUACAUAAUCAUAAUUCAUAGAGUAUUUGUUUACUUAAGGGUAAUUAUCAUAACUUCGAGUAAAAGAUUCACUUUAUAGGAGUAAAAACUGCUUGAUCCAGCAAGCUGUGUUUUUGUUGGAGUAAAACUGCUAAGUUGCGUUUUAUGGGUGUUAAUUUAUGUUUCUACUCGUCAAGGAGUGAUAUUUGAUGUUUAUUUGACUAUUUUGAGUGUCGCUUUAGUUUACAACAUAAAAUCGAUUGGAUGGUAUGCCAAACGUAAUUCAAUCUACUUCAAAGAAAACAAAGUAGGAAGGAACAACAAAAUGUAAUAUAAUUUUCACGGAGUAAGUUCAACAUUUCAGGUCGGCAAUAAUUAUUUUUUCAGUAAUAACACAAUAUUUGAUUUCUGAGAUUUCUCUAGUUGUUCAUGAAAUAAUUAAAAUUGUAUAUAAAAAAUGAUUGUCACAUUUAAAAUAAAUAUUUCUUAUUUACCAAACCUUCGGUUUGGCGCCCCUUUGGGGUUACGCCCGCGUGCGCCGCACGCGUUGCACGCCCGGUUACUGGGGCCCUGCCAAAAGCAUCUUAUGAAAUUACAGUUUUCUAACUACCGAAUACCUACAACGAAAGUCUUCUUCUUACGAACCUAUCCGUUCCGGAUGGUAGCGAUCAGCAUGGCUAUCGUAACUUUUCUGGUAGCUUUUCGGAAUAAUUCGAUUGUAGACGUAUUAAACAAUUUUCUCAUGGGUUUGAAACCAAUAUACUCUUCUUCUUCCUGUUCCUCUUUUUCCGAAUACCUUACCCUGAAGAAUAAGUUGCAACAAACCAUAUCACUGGUUAUUUCUCAUAACGUGACCAAGAAAUUCUAAUUUAAGCUGUUUGACGCUCUUUGAUUGUGUUAAUAUUCUCGAAUUCCUUACCCAUUCUACGUAAGACCCCAACAUUAGUCACACGAUCCACCCAUAAAAUUACCAAUUGAGAAUGUAACAAAUUAGAUAAACUUCUGUUGGAGUGAAAGUAAAGAGGAUGAUAAACUCCAACAGAAGUAAGAAAAAAAAUAGCUUCUCAUUGGAGAGGCUGAAGUAAUAAAAUACUACUUUUGCAGUAGUAUUAGUAGAGGAAGCUGCAAAGAAAAAAAAAGUGGGAUGAUAAUAGAAAUAUGAAUGGACAGAGGCAAACUGACAGGAGUUAGGCUAGCGACGUAUGCAAGAGAACGACAACUUGACACUCAAGGGUGGAUACGGCCAAUUUGCAUGCCUGUCGAAGACGGUAGCUCAAAGUAGAUAGUGAUAAUGACUAGAAAUGGAAAUAAUAAGAUAAGAAUAAUGUAUUGAAAAUGAGUAAAGAUGAAAACUUGCCAAUGAAGAACAAAUUGAAUAAAACAACAAAUCAUGGGCGCCAGGAAAUGAUCUUCGAUCACUCUCCCAGGUAUCUUACACUGCUGUCAAAAACUAUGUUAACUCAGUAAAUAUAAAUAAAACGAAAUAAGAAUAAAUGAUAUACAAAAUAAGUAGGUAAUUAUUUAUUAAAAAUAACUACUAGAUUUUUACAAUCUGAGUUAAACCCAAUUGAAUUAUUAAGUGACUCUAACAUGACAAAAGUUAUCGUUAAACAUGAUAUACAAUAUAACAACAAUCCUAUUAUAUGGAUGUUGCAAAAUUAUAUACCUCUUACAUAUUAUUAUAUAUAGGGUACAACUCACAUGAGCCUCUUUACAUUAACGAAAAGUACAAGCGUCUUCAAUUCUGUCACAUCGUUUUUUCCUAAUCGCUAGCCCACAUUUGGCCUAAUUAAAAAAGGGUAUAAAGAAUAAAGGGCUGUCGUAGCUCAGGCGAUAGUAUGCUUGGCUCGCGUGCUGGUAGGCCGGGGUUUAAAUCCCAGCGCCGGCAAGAACAACUAGACAUUUUUAAAAUGUCUGGAGGCCCCAGGUAUUUCGUCAACUCCCGGAGCUUUAUUGUUUUUCUGGGCCUUAAUGGCUUCGAGAACUUCCUCUAUGGUUGGAGCUUCUACUUCAUUUUUUUCUAUGUAGAUCAUACCCAUUAGUGUCUGAAAAUAAUGCUUCCAGGUUUCUGUGACUUUCUGUUGGUCACUGAUUAUUUGCCCACUUUCAUCUUUACAUAGACAUAUAAGGUAGGUGGCGACCACCUAGCAAGUCACAUCCACGCGCUCAUCAAAGACGUAUGGCAAGAAGAGAAAAUACCCAACGACUGGAAGAAAAGUAUAGUAUGCCCGAUCUAUAAAAAAGGAGACAAACUCCAAUGCAAAAACUACCGUGGAAUCUCUCUACUAUGUACAGCAUAUAAAGUCCUCACGUAUAUUAUAAACCAGCGGCUCCAACCACUAGCAGAAAAUAUUAUUGGAGAGUAUCAGACGGGCUUCCGACGGAGAAGAUCGACACUGGAUCAAAUAUUUACAGUCAAACAGAUCCUGAGCAAAGCCUGGGAACACGAUGUUGAUGUUCACAACGUGUUUGUAGACUUCAAACAGGCAUAUGACUCAGUCAAAAGGAACAAACUAUACUAUAUAUUGGCUACAUUGGCAAUAACACACAAGCUAAUAAGACUCAUUAAAGCACAAUGGAUGAAACUCAGGCAUGUGUACGAAUACAAAACCACCGGACAGACUUUUUCAACAUUUCGCAGGGUAAAGCAGGGAGAUGGGCUGGCCCCAACAUUGUUUAACCUGGCACUGGAGUAUGCGGUUAGGCAAAUGCAAACUGGACGAGGAAACCUACUGACCAACCGAACGGUUCAACUGGCUGCUUAUGCCGAUGAUAUUAAUAUUAUGAGUAGAACAUCAACAGGAGCACAGGAAACAUACGCAGAGUUAAAAACACAAACAAAAAUGCUAGGUCUGGAAAUUAACACAGAAAAAACAAAAAUAAUGACUCAGACGAGAAGAAACAUAUUCCUUCAAAACAUUAUACAUGAAGAUGACACUGAAACGGUUGAAAAGUUUACAUACCUGGGAGUAGAAAUAUAUGCCGACGGAUCAGAAGAUGGAGAAAUACGGAGAAUAACGCAGGCAAACAGAGCUUAUUUUGCCCUCUCCCAUAUAUUUCGGUCUUAAAGUUUCCACCGAAAUACAAAGAUGAGAAUCCAUAAAACCCUAAUUCAACCAAUAACAUGCUAUAGCAGUGAAGCCUGGGUCCUGAAAGAAACAUCCAAAAACAAACUCGACACAUUCGAAAGGAAAGUACUUAGGAGAAUACUAGGACCUGUGAGGGAAAACAGAAUCUUCAGAAGUCGAAACAACAACGAGAUUUAUCAACUUUAUAACGAAACGCCCCUAUCAGACUUCAUUACAAUACAAAGAUUGCAGUGGGCCGGACAUGUGAUAAGAAUGGGAGAGGAUAGGCUACCAAAACGAGCACUGAAUGCUAGAAUGCAAGGAAAAGACCAAUUGGGAAGCCACGAAAGCGCUGGGAAGAUACAGUAAACAGCGACGCACAAGCCCUUUUAGGAGUCCGUGUAUGGAGAAGGGCAGCCACAGACAGGCAAGGGUGGAGGCAAAAAAUAAAGGAGGCCAAGGCUCAAUUUGGACUGCAGUGCCGUAGAAGAAGAAGAAGAGGCCCCAGGUCGACUCAGCCUGAAUAAAAUGAGUACCUUGGGUAAAACCAGGGGUAAUAAUAGGCGGUUGAAGCGUAGCACUAGCCCUGUUACCUUCCUUGUAUACCGUAGGCCCUAGAUAUAGUAGACUACCCUGCUAUAAUAUAACGGGAGGCUAUUAUUAUAAAGAAUAAAGACAAACUAAAACUAAACAAAGUGUUAGAAAAAUUUAGAGUAUGUACUCUAUUUAUGGCAUAAUACUAUCAUAAUACCUAUUUAUUAAUAUUCAUAGUAAUAUUCUGGCUGUAUUUGGGCAUUUGGCUGUGUUGAAUAUUGAGUUUUCUACAUAGGACACCAUCAAGGUUCUUAUAUAGCCAUGAGAGGGAUAUGCGAAUAUGUAUUGUUGGUAUAUCCCCCUAAUAUGUUGAUCUGUGGGUGUACAAAUAUCUGAAUGAUCAGUUUUUCAAUGAUCAUUUCAAAAGUGUCGUGCAGCGAAAAGUGCUGCAUAAAACAAGGUUGACGAUAGAUUGAAAUUCAUUUACCUACUAUUUAUAAAUGUAAUAGAAUUACUCAAUAUGAUCCGUACAUAAUUUGGUUGUCUCUAAGUUUAGAUUUUACUUAUUAUUUUCAUAAGUUUAUGCAACCCAUCUCUCUUGACUCCUUUGCGAAAAUCUCCAAUUAUAAUAUCACACUACAUACUAUACGAAAUGAAAUAGCCGUGACAACUUUCUGUGUGAUAUCAUUUUUAAAUCCACGUUUCACUGUAAAUAUAACAAAGACAAGCAAGUUAUAUUUAGUUGCUGAAGUUGUAUCCCAAAUAUUCUGGUUUUCAUAUUUUUAUAUUGUUCAUCUGUUUUAAAAUAUUUUUGACGGAUGUAUGCAAAACCUAUUGUUCUUAGACUCCGGAGAAAGGACCCUAUUCCAAAAUCUUAUAUGUAGCUUGCCAUGCAUAGUGUAAUAGAACCAUUUCUAGGGUGCAAGCCAACUGUAUUGACAGAUUUAUAUUAGAUAAAAAGAUAAUCAGACUCAGAUGUAUCAUAAUCUGCAUUAGUGUUUAAUAUGGCUUGUUCAAUUUACUAUAUCCACCAAUAUUCUGUGGGAACCAUUUUGAUCUUCUUGCUUGCAUCAAACGUUUCCUUAAAAUUUAUAAUAUAUUCUUGUGGAUAGUUAAUAGUCUUCAUAUUCCACAUUAUAUGAGCAAUUAUUGAAAACAAUUAUUAGAGAGAUAUUGCUGAGUCUUUUUUGCACUUGCUGUAUUACAGCACGCGUUAUUUUGACAGUAGAGCAUGCGCAGAUGUGAUAUCUGGCUUACGUUGCGUUAUUGAAAAUACGGCCUGCCGUUAUUACAGGAGUCGUUACGCUGUGAGGUAUUCGUUGCGCUAUUUCGUUUUCAGGUUAUGUUUGUUGUUUAUCUUUCAUUUAAACCAAAUUUAUUCGUAAUAAUUUGCUAAAAUGGGUACCUCAGACAGUAGCAAACGAAUUAGAUUUACGUCUGAUGACGAUUUGUGUUUAUUAAAACAAGUUUUAUGUCAAAAUCCAUUGACUUCUACAGAAAAUUUGACGUUAGUUCAGGAAAACAUGGAGAGUGCAACAGGAAAAUCUUUUAUUUAUAAGAACAUUCAAGGAUCAUUUGUUUCUCUUACUCGAUAUUUGGAAGAAAAUACAAACCUUUCUUCCAUCUAAAUUAAAUUCUGGAUUUUGAGGACAAAUUAGAUAAAUAACUAAUCUUAAUUGAGCCGUAAAAUACCGCAACCAAAAUGUUGAGCAAUAUCUGCAUUUAUGAAACGUCUGAGAAAUGUCAAUUCUGUCAAAAUAGCGCGGUGUAAAUAGCGCAACGUAGGCUGUGUUAAAUUUGCAAUAUCUCUCUAUUGUCUUCAGAGCUGUGCACUAUAUACCCAGUGUUCAAUCCUACAGACCAUAAAAUAGGAUCGAGGAAUAUUUAACCAAUAAAAAAAUAAUACCAAAUAUUUAAAUUAUCAUAGUGAUACCUAUCUGUUAACUUUUUUAUGCUGUUUUCUUACAAAUUGUUUUUAUUUACGAAAUAUUUACGAUUAAUAUUUAUAUGUUGUAAGGAGAACAUUAUUUAAAACAAAAAAUUUUGAUUUUUCUCUCACAUCAUUUAAAAAAAUAGGGUUAGUAGUGUUUUGGUAGUACUUCGCUUAUGCCUAUUUUCAAAUUUAUUAGUCCAUAUAUUAAUAUUAUAUUAUAUAAGUACAUAUAAUUAUUAAUAAUUGGCUUACUUUCUGAUCAAAUAAUUCAAUUGUUCUUUGUAAGUUUUUGACAAGGUUUCAAAGGUUUGUAGAUUAGCUUCGCUGAUCUCAAUAUUUAAUUUAAUUUAAUAUUAAGACAAACCUUUCUAACAUAAUGCCAUUAUACACUGAUUAAAACCAAAAAAUUAGCCACUUAUGAAGAUGUUCGUAAUUUUGAACUAAGUAAUUCAUUUUAUGACUAUAUCAUUUUUAUAUAAUUACAGUUAAGGCUUUUCGCUAUAAACAUAGCAAAGUUUUUGUUACUCAACUGCAAAUUUUCUGGUGAAAAAUAAAAUAAAAAGUGAUAAAUUCGAAAAAUUCCAUUUAUUUGUUUAAUAACCGAGUUGCUCAAAAUGAUUUUAAAACAAAACUAGUAGCGUGUAUGGGCUCCUCUAACUGGCCAAACUUGCUCCAGACAUGCUUUCAAUCAAAUUUCGAAUAGUUCCUUGAUCUAGUUAUUCCCAUUUUUCCACGAGAUUUUUCUUGACAUGUUGUAGGUUUCUUACUGGCUGACGAUUCUUCAAGCGCUUUGUGAGUGUGUCCCAAAUGUGUUAGAUGGGAAUCAAAUCUGGACUCCUCGCUGGCCACUCCAUAACCUGAAUAUUUUGGGUAGUCAAAUAAUUUUGCACUAUUCUGGCCAAGUGCGGUCUCGGAUUAUCUUGCUGAACGAUAAAUUCUGGACCCAUAUUAUUAGGAAGUGGGACAGCAUGUGGUUCAAGAAUUUUAUUUUUGUACCGAUCUGCCGUCAUCGCCCUCGCCGAAUAACUACUAAGACAGAAUAGACAUUUAAAGUUAUCGCACCCCAAACCACAAUGGAACCUUCGAAAAAAGCCUGGAUUUCUUGAAUUGUGGAAUCCAAAAAGCGCUCGUCUGGUCUUCUCCAAACUGUAACACGUCCAUCAACAUGAUUUCAAAGAAAUAUGGACUCGUCAGUAAACAUUACGGUACUCCAUUGUGCCUGGUCCAAUUCAUAAGUAGGUACUUCUGCAAACAAUCGUCUGGCUCUAUGAUGUGCAGGGGUCAGUGGCGACGCGUGACUUUUUCUAAAGUGUUACCAAAGCCAGAUGCAAAAACUCUUAUUUAAAAAAUGAAGAUAUGGCUAAAUGUAUAUAUAGCUUCAAUAAUAUCAUUUUGUAUAUCACUUGAAACUCACGAAAAAACAGUUGAUGUUUCUAGAUGUUGGCAAAAUUUUUAUCUUAGUUGGAAAUUAAUGUUAACAAUUUCCUGUAAUUGCCUCGAUUGUCAGAGUCGUCGCCGUCAAAAUGUAUGACCGAGCAAACUCAUCAUGUUUAGCAAUAUUUGAUUUAAAAGCUUGGUUAAGAGAACUUUCGAUUCUUGUUUUGCUAAACUGAAUCAAAUUGGGUAUACAUCUUACAUGUAGGUAACGGAGAAAUUUCAUGUCUCCUUUUUAAAACUCUAAAACUAUUUAAAUCGUGAACCUGGUCCACCCAUUUUUUCUGUAGAAACCAGAAGACAUGGCCAACAAUAUGUACAGUCUAGUUUUCUUGCAACUACAUAAUCAAGAAUUUUCACUGUACCAACUAAAUUUAAAAUAUCGAACUACUUUUUUUGAUUCCUUUUUUUAAAUUGUUUAAAAUAGGUGUUUCAACUUCAAUAAUCUCAUUUUUUUCUUUAAAAUUAACUGCACGCACACUUUUUAUAGGUACUGUAACCAAAUUUAAAUCUGGUAACAGGGCUACUGAUAUACACAGCGCGCUUACGCCGUCGCUCCUUCAAAAUUUUUAGACAUUAGCCGGUCCCGAGCGACAGCGAUGAUGUAACCAUUGUAAGCACAAAUGAAACUGGUAACAGAGUAUCAUAAAAUGCAACUGAGUCACAUAAACUCGCCAAUAUUUUCGUGUGUCUACGAGUAGUUGGCUAUUUACUGAAUUAGGUACUAUUAACACAUAAUAUAAUAAUAUAUUUCUAUUGGUAAAAAUAUAGGUAAAUGGAAUUAUUCAUCGUCAUAAAAUAUUUAUUUGUAAGAUUUUUAACUGUUACCAAUGGUAACAGUAAUUACAUGGACACUUCGCCAGUGGCAGGGGUCAAGGAGGUACUCUAGCUGGCCUUCUUGCAUUCAACCUAUGUAUGUUCGUGAAGCCGAUUACAUAUAAUUUGAGUAUUAAAAUUUAAAAUAAUAAAAUAAGAAAAUCUACGGUUUCGUUUUGAUUAAAAUCUGUCUUCCUCCAUCCCCCGAUAGUACUAUUUCUAGGUCUACCUGUUUUCAAGGAGGCUCUGAGGAAGACAGAUUUUUACCAUCACGGCCGUAGAUUCUCGAUAUAGAUUAGAACAAUUUAUAUCGCAGUAUGGAUAGAACGCCCUCUAACGGGGAAUAAGCGAAGUGAAUUUCGACUCGAUUCGAGUUCUCUGCUUAACCCAGGUAUAACCAUAACAACAGGCACCGCUAGUAGUAAAACAUUCCACUUUGCGGUUCAGAGACCCAUAUGAAAUGCCAUACUGCCCAUACUAAUGCCAUACUGUGUAUAUAGAGUACACAGACUCGUUUCAUAUGGGUCUCUGAACCGCAAAGUGGAAUGUUUUCCUAGCGGUGCCUGUUGGUAUGGUUAUACCUGGGUUAAGCAGAGAACUCGAAUCGAGUCGAAAUUCAUUUGUUUUAUUAAAAUUUACUCUUGUACCCGUAGCUUCUACUAACUCAUUUUGUAAUAAGUAUUCGAGCAGUACUUCGAAGAUCACUGUCGGCCCAUAGUUGUAAAAGUCGAUCCUCUCUAGCUGUAGUCGAGCUUGUACGAUGCGUAUAAGGUUGUCUUCUAAUAACUCCACACAUUUCAUGCCUGCUUCAGGCUUUAUUGCAGUACCACUAACAUUUAACAUUUCAGCUUUACGGCGCCUUGAGUAACCUUCUUGAAUUAAAGUUAUUGCCCUAGCAAUUUGAAUAUCUGUGAGAUACACUUUGUGCCUUCGGGGUCUCCAUACACAUCAAAGUCAAAGAUUAAUUCUUAAAAACAUUAACGUAAAUACCGAUAGAAACUCAGUAACGGAAUAAAUGUGAUCCCAAAAUUUUAUCAAGUUUUGCUUUUUUACUAAAUACAAGAAAAACGAAUAAAAGAAACUUCUUUUUUGUUUCACUUAUAAAAACUUUUUGUGUCUACUGGGUAGACGUAAGUUUUUAAGUUCCUGCCUAAUGAAAUAAACAAUUUACAUUGAAUUAAGUUAGUGGCUCCUUUUUCGUUUUGAUCAGUGUAUGUUCAGUAAAAGGUACUACCAGGCCACCAAAAAUCAUAUUUCAAUCUACACAAACACACACCUACACACAUUUAAUCAAAAAUUGAAACAGGAGUGAAUAAUAAUACAAUAAAAAAAUAAUUUAAUGUAGAUAUGUUAAGAUAAUCGAAGAAUUAUGUUAACAAUUUUUGGAAUAUUUAUAACUGAAAAAUAUUGAACUUGUUUUUUGCGUAAGUAGAGACAAGUUAGUAUAUUAUUUAUGUAAUCUAAUGAUCAGAAAAGAAAAACAUAAUAUUUCUAGAAUACCUUUGAUGGUAUCGAAUUCUUGAUGGGAGGUACCUACUUAAAGAAGGAGAAGGCGUCUAAGUAUAGACUAACGAAGAAAUAUAUUGUAACCAUACCUGAUACCUGGGCGUAAAUUUGAACACUAGGAGAUUAAAUCGAAUCACGAUCAAAGCUCUAGUACCUACCUAUGAAAAGACCUUUUUGGUUUGAAGUAUAUCCUCAAAUCAAUACAAAUGAAAUAUGUGUGAGUUUGAAUAAUAUAAAGCUGUGUUGAAUGAUUGAAAAAUGAGUUUGAGAAAUUUAGAGAGAAAUAAAAUAAGAACUGGAAGUUGCUAAUAAAGCAAUAUAAAGAAAUUCUGCCAAAGCAAAUAGGUAUGACAUAUUGAAAAAACGCAAAAAUUUCAAAGCAGUUACCUACAUAUACUAACAAAAAUACCUAGGUAUACUUAUAGAUAAAUUACCAUAUACUAGCAAAUUUGGUAAAAAUAAGGACCAGAAGGAACCAGUACUGAAAAUGCGGAGGAAGAUAAGACUGUUACCGAACAUGAAGCCGUGGCUUUAUCCCGAAUAUUGCCUGGAUUUAAACAAUGCAAUGAACACGAUGGAAGGGAAUUGUUUAAAAAUGGCAAACUUGAGGAGGAAGGAAAAAGUGAUUCAUAUACUUGAAGUCAAGAAUAUUGUAACUAAAGCAAGAAAGGCAAGAUAGUGUGAUGAAGAAAUUAAUGACCAGGGAAUUGCUUGUCCUUUACAUGCGGACGCCUACGGUGCUUUGGUAGCAGCAAUGAACCGGUCUUUCUCUCAUUAUUUUUUGAGCAGGUUUAUUAUUAACAGUUUCUCUUCUUCUUAGUUUAGACAAGACUUGUUAAUCUCUGACACUUGGUCGUAAAUAAUCAGAGAGGACAGAAAAAAAUGCUCGAAACAGCGGAGAUGAAAACUCUUCGAAAAAUCGAUGGUAAGACACUAUGAAGCAGAGCUAGAAGCACAUAUAUACAACGGAGAUUCAAGUUGGAGAACAUUAAAAACUAAAUAAAGAACAGAAUAGUAGAAUGGAACGACCAAAUAUGCCGAAUGACAACAAAAAGAGUAGCAAAGACGGUCCAGAGACGAUUCCCCAAUAGAAAGACAAUCAGAGGGAAGACCACGAAUACGAUGAACAACAACCUACUGAAGGCACAUUAAAAAACAUACAGAGUCACGUCUACAGAAUAAGAAAACACAAGAAGAAGAAGAUUCUAAAUAAUUGACUUUGAAAACAUUAUGCUACCUUCUUAUUUUUUAUACAUGUUACGGUAAAAGUAGAGAAUCUGGUAAUUGUACACAAUUACCGGUAAUUGUAUACAAUUACCAGAGUCGACGGUAAAUGUAGGAAAUAUUCUUUAAAAACCCUUUAUUUCCUACUUUUACCGGCAAUUGUAUACAUUUCCCAGAGGAUCUUGGUAAAAGUAAGAAAUUCAAAUUAGGUAUAACGAACGAAAAAUCUAAAGUUCCAAAAAAGGUUUAGUAGUGAAACCUAUACUGUCAGAAAGAAAUGAAUAUAGUCCGUUCUUUAACGGUAAAAUAUUGCAAAAUCUCUAAAUGUUUAAGAACCGCUUGGAUUGACAUGAAAUUUGACGUACACAUAGCUAACAAGUCAAAGAAAAAAAGUGAUAUUGUGCCGAUAUUGUGCUUUUGCCCUGGGGGUGGUUUUCACCCCCUCUUGGGGGUGAAAAAAUAUUCGUCCAAAGAAAGUCAGGAAAUGGAUAAACUGGCUAAUUUUAAGUAACUUUUGUUCUAUAGAGUUUUUUCACAAGUCAAUACUUUUCGAGUUAUUAGGCAGUGAAUAUGCUAAUUUUUUCAACAAAAUAACCACGCUUUUAGACGGUUUUUCGCAAAUAACUCAAAUAGUAAGUAUUUUGUCGAAAAAACAUUCUUAGCAAAAAUAUAGCCUGUAAAAAAUAAAAAAAAAAUGGUGUAUAUAUCACGUCUCUACACCUAGUAGAAGCAGAGUUAUAGCUAAUGAAAAAUAGGUUCAUGUUCGUCAAAUUCCAAAUGGAAUAUUUUAACGUGAAAUAACCAAAAAUGAAGCACAGUUCGGGGAAAACUCAUUGCAACUUAUUUAAAGUGUUUAAAAAAGCUUCAUUUUUGUUUUAUAAAAAAAAAUUCUAGCAUCAAAGUUAAGCAAGUUACGCUCAACAUAAAGUUAGUCCCUUUUGGUUUUGGUAUAAAAAUCGAGAAGAUCACCCCCUAAUUAGUAUCUUAAAUGAACUUAAUCGUUACGACUUCACAAGUUGCUUGACUCGUGUAUAUAUUGUUUAUAUAAUCUGUAGGUUUCAUCGGUUCAAAGUCCUUAUUAUUGAAAGGGCUGUAGUUAAAAGGGGUUGAACGAGUCAUUGAUCACGAAUGUAUGCAAAUUUAGAAACAUCAAAUCUUAAUCAAUGUCUAACAGAAAAACAAAAAAAUAUAUGAUAUUCAGAAAAGCAAAUCUGACUUUUUUUGUUUUUCGAGAUUUUUGGUGUCUAUAACAAUUUUUAAGUUAUUUUGAAAAAAAAGCAUAUUUUUCAAAAUUGAAAUUUUUAAAAAUUUUACUUUGAAACCAAAUUUUUUCAAAAAUAAGCACUUUGAAUCGAUAAAACUUACAGAUCAUAUAAAGACAACAUAAGUAAAAUAAUUUGUGGAGCGGUAAAGAUUGACUUCAUUUAAGUUGCUAAUUAGGGGGUGGUCUUCCCGAUUUUUUUUUUGCAAAAACAAAAGGGGCCAACUUUAUUCUGAGCGUAACUUGCUUAAAUUUAAUGCUAGAAACUUCUCGUAAAAACAUAAAUAAAGCUUUUUUUAAGCACUUUAAAAAAGUUAUAAUGGGUUUUCCCCAAAAAGUGCUUAAUUUUUUGGAUAUUUCACGUCGAAAUAUUCUAUUUGAAAUUUGGUGAAUAUGAAUCUAUUUUUCAUUGGCUAUAACUGUGGUUCUGUGAGAUCCAGAGACCUAACGCGUACACCAUUUUUUUUACUUUUUUAUAAGAUAUAUUUUUACUAAGAGCGUUUUUUUCGACAAAAUAUUUACUUUUUGAGUUAUUGGCGAAAAACCGUCUAAAAAUGUGGUUAUUUUGUUGAAAAAUGAACAUAUUCACUCGCAAAUAACUCGAAAAAUGUUGACUUGGCGAAAAAGCUCUAUAGAACAAAAGUUACUUAAAAUUAGUCAGUUUACCCAUCUCCGGACUUAUUUUGGACAUAUAUCUUUCAUCCCCAAGAGGGGGUGAAAGUCACCCCCAGGGCAAAAGCACACAUCGGCACCAUAUCACUUUUUUCUUUGACAUGUAAGCUAUACGUAUGCCAAAUUGCAUGUCAAUGCAAGCGGUUCUUUAAAAUUUAGAGCAAAAACCGUGAACGAAUGGACUAAUAGUAGAGGUCAAAUAGAUGUGAUAGAUAUGCAAACCAAAGUUCAUUUUUGUCUACCAAGAUCACUUAACAAAAUUUGUACAAUAAUUAGGUACGGCCGUUGAAAACUAAACGUGCAAAAGAAGUUGCGUUAGUUCUUCUUGACAUAUUUUGUGCCUUUGGAGCUCCUAGAAGCGACAAUGCAAGAAAAUUCUUCAACAUAAUUAUAGAGGAACUGUGCUUCAUGUGAAAAGAUUUAAAGAUAGUGCACGGUAAACCAAGACACAGUCAGUCACAAGGAUCUGUUGCGAAUAAAGACAUUGAAAAUAUACUAAGUUCCUAGUUGGAAAGCAAGCUAACAAACAAGUCAAAGAGUGUUCCAUAUGUACAAUUCGCAAAAAACCGAGCUUACCCUUAUGGCAUCAAGUGCCGUAUGAUGCUAUGUUUGUGGUUUUUUGCCAAAAUUGGUUUAAAAAAAAACCAAGGAAGAAGAUUUGGAAAUAGAAGAACAAGUAAAAGAAACCCAGCCAGGUCCUGAUUCUGAAGAACGCGGGGAAGCAGAAGUGGAUGAACCAAAUGAGUUUCUAAUAGAACCAGAAAAACCUGAGUAACCAUCAUUGAAUGAAUCUAAUGCGAUUCUUGAAGAACUAUUUUCUAAUCAAAUUUCAGAGAGGCGAAAUUCUGUUGCAAUUAAACGGACAAGUGCAAAACAAGUUCUUGAAAAUCAAGGAAAGAAAAUGUUUAAGAUAUCAAAAACGUUUGGCUGUUUUUAAGAGUGUUUAAAAUGAAUUAUACGAAUUGGGUAGAUACUAAAGAAGGGCGACUGCUACAGUUGUACAGCAGAAAUCAAUUUACUAUCUGCAAAGAAUCAUUCAUUUCUUGAGACAUACUUCCAAAACUAAACAUUUUUCAUUGUGCGAUUAUGUUAAAAAAACGUCUUUUCGGGUGGGUAAGGCUAUCAGCGAUGUGCUUGCAAAAGUAAAUGUAAAAAAUAAUGCAAAAAGAGAUAACUGUAAAUGUAAAAAGUGGAAAAUUGUGUAAUUUCAAGUUCCAUGAGAGUUUGCCAUGUCGCAACAAAUAGUAAAUAAUGGAUAGUGGUAGGGGAGCAAAGUAUACUAAAUGUGCAGUCACUCAAGUGUUAUGGGGACCUAUUAGUUUGUGAAGAUUGAGCCAUUAAACCAAAAAAGUUAAGUUUUGCAUUUUAGUGGGGACUUUCCAUUUUUAAUUUAAUUUUCCAUGUCCAACAAUCGUUUUUUUAGAUUAUAGCGCCAUCUAUCCAUAAUUCUAAAAAAUGUCUCCAAUAAAAGUUACUUAUUUUACGCAAAGAAUCCAAAUCUGCAAUAAAAAAUGGGGUCUCCCAUUUAAGAUUUUAAAGUAACCCUCCACCCCACCUCUGUGGGGGUCAUGUUUGGUGUAAUUCGAUAAAUUUUUCAAAAAUAUUGAAUAAAUGUAUUUUUCAGUUUUUGUAUCUGAUGUUCAUUUCGCGAAAUAUCGCGGGAUUCGUAUUUAAAUAUUUAAUUUACCCCCCAUCCCUCUCCGUGGGAAGUCGCGUUUGGUAUUAUUCGAUACAUUUUUGAAAAAUAUUAAGCACGUAUUUCUUAGUUUUUUGAUCUGUCAUUCAUUUUGCGAAAUAUUAGCUUUUCUCUUGUGAAACUUUGGGACUCACCCAUUUCGUUACUCCCCGCUCAAAUCGCAAGAUUUUUGAAAUAUACACUGUUUUGCAUGUACUUAACUUACCUUAUCUUAAUCUGACGGUUUUGAGUUUUUUUAUGGAUAUAAUUUUUUCGCCCCCUCCUUAACGAAUUCCCCUACAUUAAGCGCCAAUAUAGGUAGAGGUACAUUUUCAGGGUACAAGGUUUCUCCACAUGUAAUAAUCUGACGCGCUCGAGUAACUGCAAAAAUCCCCGCUUGGGCUCCCCUACCAUAAGCUCAUUUCAGGUUAAACAAAAUAUCUCUUCAACAAAAAUCACACUUCUUGAAUAGCUGUUGGAAUUUAUUGUUUUUAUUCAUCAUUUUACUUACUUUUAGCACUGCUCCUUGGUAAUUGUAUACAAUUACCGGUAAAAGUAGGUAAUUGAAAAUAAUUUUCUACAUUUACCGUCGGCUCUAGUAAUUGUAUACAAUUACCGGUAAUUGUAUACAAUUACCAAUUAUCCACUUUUACCGUAGAUUUGCCUCUGAGUUAACUGGGUAAAUUGUCAAAGAUUUAGUCCAAAAAAGAACAAUAAGAAGAAUAACUUUCGAGAUUUUAUGGUGGUUAGUACCUCUCAGUUCUUCUUCAUUCUUCUGCUGACCUCCCCAUUUGCUACCCGGUCAGCCCACGAGAGAACUUUGGAUUAUUUAUUCUUCUUCUUCAUGCGCCGUGCUCGAUUAUCGAACGUUGGCUAUCAAAUUGGCUAUAACAAUUUUGUUAACGACAGCUUGCAAAGGGAUGCAGAGGAUCUGUUAUACCAUUCUCUCAGGUUUUUAAGCCAUGACGUUCUUCUUCGACCUGGCCCUCUUCUUCCAUCUACCUUGCCUUGCAUUAAAUGGAGUAUAUUAUAUCUCUCUGGGUGUCGCAUAACAUAGCCAAAAUAUUCAAGCUUUCGAUUUUUAACUGUUCUGACGACUUCCUUGGCUUUUCCCAUCCGGUGCAAAACAACUUCCUUACGAACUCUGUAAUUAUGUUACAAUUAUUUAUUAUAAUGAGCAUUUAAGUUUUUAAAUUUAAAUAUUUUUCAGUAGGUAUUCGAAAAUAUACAAAAGAUUGCUAAUAUACAGUAAGUAACGAAUUCACGAAAGUGAUAACAUUGAUUAAAUAUUCAAUCGAUUAUGGAGCUUAAAUAGUAUUAAAAUAAAUAAAAGCAGAAGUAUUACAUAAAAAUAAAUAUAUUUUUAAAUCAUAUUUGUAAUAAAUAGUUUUUGAACAAACUUUAUAUACCUCCACACACUCUACAAAGUACACCAAAUAAGUGAGAUUCAUGAGAUAUGUAUAACUAUGUAGUUUUAGUUGUUCAUACUCAUUACUUGUUGAAAUUUUAUUGAUAAAUUAAAAAAAUCCUACCUGUAUAUGGUUAAAUAUAAAAAGUUUUUGAAAAUUAUAAGGUAAGUAUAGUUUUUAGUAAAUAUUCAAUCGCAACUAGAAUAAAAUGAGUAAUGUUUUAAACAAUAGGGUAUAUGAACAUGUAAAAUUAAAAAGAGUUGGCAACCUAUACUCUGUUUAUAGUGAUUCAAUUGUUCUGUUUGAGAUUGUAACUGAAACAACGAAAAACAAUAAUCAUAAAAAUAUUUUGCCUCAUACGAGAUCUUUGUACUUUUCUUUAAGCUACAUCAAGAAGUCCGUGGUUUCUUCUUCAGGUAGGUACCACUGCGGAAGUUGUUUAUCAUCAUAGGUAUUUUUACUUCAGAAAUAGCCGCUCUGAAGAAUUGAACCGAACUACAUCCAAACCACUAGGAGACGCUCAGAGCAACAGUGGCCUAACCCACAUCCCAUAACUUUACCAAAACGCUUUUAUUACAAGUAUUUUCAGAUGCAGAGUGGCUCAAGCAACCAUUGCUUCAGCUACUCUGCAUUUGAAAAUACUUAAAUAAGGGAUAACUUAAAUGUAAUAAAAGCGUUUUGGUAAAACUGUAGGAUGUGGAUUAGGCCAUUGUUGCCCUAAGCACCUCCUCUGUGAGCUAGGAUACAUGCCUUCACCCGAUACUUCAUUUGUCCUCUAUUUUUCCUUGCACGAUAAAUCGUAUAAUGCUGUAUCUUUAACCAUUUAUUAUGUGCCUUAGGUCUUGCAGCAUUCUUUCUUUGAUUGUGUAGACGUUUUUUUCUUUCGUUCUUUUCAACAACUUUGCUAUCUUUAUCUCCUUUGGCGCACUUCUUUCGCAGCACAAUGUUUUUCUGAGGCGUGUCAGAACUGCGUUUAUCUGGUUGUGUCACAUCAGAUCUUUUUGGAGAAGUAUUGGUAUGUUUCUUUAGUAAGACUACUUGGUGUAAACAUUGUGUUCCCUCAUGUUAGUUCCUGAGCUUUUUGUCAGGUUUCAAGCAUUGUCAAGAAUCGUAGGUACUUUGGAAAGUACCUACUUCUUAGUUGGAAUGGAAAGAGGAAAUUGGAAUUGUUGUAUGCAAUGAAAAGCUGGACACUGAAUGUAGACAAUACAAAGCGGUUAGAAGUUUCACUCAUUUCAUCAUUCCCUGUUAGAGGACAGUCUAACCAUACUCCGGUGCAAAUAUUUUAAUAUUUGCACUUUCUCUUCGUGUCGUUAUGGUUCAAUUCAGUCUUCUUGUAAAGCCUCUUUGACAAGGAAUAGAUUCCGAAACAUCAGAUGUCAGAGGAUGGCAAGAGACUCGAAUUGAAUCAAAACGAAACGAUUAUUUUCUUUUUGCAUUUGAGAUGUGGUGCUAUAAAAGUAUUUUGAAAAUACCAUGGAUCCAAUGAAUUACAAAUGCAGAGGUGCUAAGAAGGCUGCAAAAGGAUUGCGAGGUGAUAAAGAACAUCAAAAUAAGAAAGCUGGAAUAUUUGGGCCACAUUACUAGAGGUGCGAAAUAUGAGAUAUUACGUCUCAUAAUGCAGGACAAAAUUAAGGGGAAAAGAUCCAUAGGUAGAAGAAGAAUUUCCUGGCUUAGAAACUUAAGAGAAUGCUAUAGUUGCAGCUCAGUAGAUCUUUUCAGAGCCGCCGCCAGUGGCGUGCGGUGACUUUCUCGAAAGGGGAAGCGAUUCAAUAAGGAUAUAAAAAUAUUUUCUUAAGGGUCGAGCAACUUUCCACCUGAUAACACUCUGAUGCGCAGGGGCUCUCUAUCAGCAAAGUACUAAAUUAUGUGAGACGUCCUGCGUACAAGGACUCACACACUAAAUCCGUGACGCGUGAAUGCGUGAGGCACUCUAUUCCCGCUAUUUCUAGUGACUAGGGACCUAUCAUUGAUCUGUAUUGCUAGCUCGGGCCUUGAGUCCUCGCGCCGGGCUUGGUUUUCUAAAGAAGAAUCAUAUUUAAAAAAAAUAUACUCCGAGGCAUUUUCCACAACACACAACUUUCACUAAAAUGACACUUAUUUAUACUCGAGGUCUAUUCUCCUAUCAACUUCUGAUAAUUGUUGAAUGCAGUCUUUUUUAAUGGAUAAUAGGGCUAACUUUCAAAGUCUGUCUUCGCUUGUUGAAUUUCUUUUAAACUCUUAAUUUGAAACUUUUAAUGCAUCUUAAUACUGCAAAACUUCGUUCAACUGAUGCACUUGUGGCUGGGAUAGUUAGUAGUACUAAUUCACACAACUUGACCACUUCACACAGCGACUUGUUUAAACCAGUAGUUAUAAAGAAAUCCCAGAUUUCUGGGUAUUUCUUUAUCAUUCACGUCAGUUGUUUCAUAAAUGAUACUUAACUGAGAAUGCAAAGCUGGGAUAUCAAAAAAUUUUCAUUAUUUAAUCGUAAUGACAUAAAUUCCUCUGUGGGAAAUUUUUAUGAAUUAUAAUUAGAAAUAUUAAGAUUACAUAUAAUUCUACAAAUUUUAAAUCGUUAAAAUUUUGAAAGCUAGAAUUCAUUUGUUGUAGAAUAUUAUCAAAAGGUCUCUUUGUUUCCUCUGUUUUCUCUGUCUCUCUGUCUCCGAAAUUAUCAAUCUUCAUUAUUUUUCUUUCAUGUUCAAACCCCAUAUGUUCAGUUUUAUCCCAAAUAUUUUUAAACUCCUCUCGUUUUUUAAAUUAUCGUAUUAAUAAAGUCAUCAAUUUGUCUUAUACAAAAUGCAAUACCAUUUGAUUUCUGUAAAAUGUCAAAUAAAAGAUCAGUAAAAGGAAAUAUCUCUGCAAAAAAUUUAAAUCGAAAUAUUCUUUAAGCGAAUGUAUGUAAUACCUAAGCACCCCUUAGCAGCAGUAACAGUCGGAGCAUCUCACUUUCGGGAAGGCGAUGCGACGAGCGCUUCCAUGGCAUACCAAAAUUCGCGCGACUAGUGGCUGCGGUCAUUGAACCCUGACCAAUUUUAAAAGGGACAACUGCAUGACCAGCGGCGAUUUUGAGAUGCGCUUCUGCCAGGAGUGGACCAAAUAGUUGAAUUGUGUGCAUAUUGAGUUCGUUCGUACGCGAUUAAUUUUUAAUAUUUUUCAAUGCCUAUUGGCUAGGUAAUAUGUAGAUUAUUUGGAUUAGGGAAAAAAUUUUAUUAUUAAAUAUUAAUUAAUAAUAUAUUUUCUUAUAUCGACGAAUAAAUAGGGAAGCGGCGCUUCCCUCGCUUCCAUGGACCGCACGCCUCUAGCCGCCGCCAAUAAGGUACGGGUAGCUAUGAUGAUAGCCAACCUCCGAUAGGAGAGGGAACUACAAGAAGAAGAACUUGUUAGUUUUUCGUUCCUUCUCCAGGAAGGAUUAGGAGACGGAACAGGAACUUCAGUUCUCCCGUUUUUUAUUUUCAUUAAGUCGAUUCAUUCUUUUCGCAUAUUUUUUAUUAUUUUUAUAGGAAAUUGUAUUAUUAUUUUUUUAAUAUGGCUUCGGCAGUUUGCCAUAGAGCUAGUUCCAUGAUCGUUUAAUCUCAUUAGGCGCAGUAAAAAGUUUAUGAAUAGACUAGAAUAGAUACAUUUAAAGUUGGAAGUCAAUACAACAAUUUGUGAAAAGAAGAGAAAAAAAUUAUUUUUUUUAAUACGGAGCAAACAUUCUAAUAAAAAAUAGUAAGCAAUACAGAACUAUUUUUAUAUUCUAGAUGCGGUUGAAAAUAAAAAAAAAAUAAAAUAAAAGAGAGAGAACAUUGUAUAUAAAGUAUUUUCGAAUAUUACUUGUUGCCAAAUGUCAUUUUGUGAUCUAUUUUGUAGAUGUAUUGUAUAAUAUAAAAUAACCGUUAAUUUUUGCUCAAAUAUUCAACGUGGUCAAACAAUUUAAUUAAAACUAUAACUAAAGGCAAUUAAAAAUAAUGGAUGUGGACGACAGGAAUAGAUGCAACGAAAUAUUGGAAACAGAAGCCACAAUUUACAAGGGUUCAUGUUCAAAAGUAGUCAUAGCAGAAAUAGCACAUAACAUAGACCAUAGACCAGAGAAAAUAGAAAAUAAAGUUUUUUCGUGACACUCUUUGACACAGGUAUCUAACAAGAGAAAUAUGCAAAAUAUUAACCGUCAUUUCUUACUUACAAACAAUAUAAGUAAUGUAAGAUCGCUCCUCAUAAGGAGCCAUUUCUACGAAGGCGUUCACCGUACACUGUCUUAUAAAGUGUGAUGUUAGAUAGUCAGGAUUAAAUUAAUCUGUUUAGCAGCAUUACGAAGCAUUUCAUAGCUGUGGAUUCCUGUCCAUUGGCUAAUGUUCGCAGCCAUGACAUCUUUUUAGGGCCUAGACCUCUCUUACCCUCUAUCUUUCCUUAGAGUACCAGUUGAUGAAAAGUGUAUCCAGCUCGUCGCAAUAUAUGCCCUAAGUCUGCAGUAUUCUUAAAUUUUACAUAAUUAAAAAGAUCCCUAUCCCAGAAGCCCACCAUUCUUAAUACUUCCUCAUUUCUGACUCUGCCCCUUCAUGAAAUUCUAAGGAUUCGGCGCAGGCACCACCUUUCAGUGUUUAAGUUUGUUAAUAAAGCUGACCUUUAACGUCCAUGCUUCCAUUCCGUACAAGAGACCAGCCCAAACGUAACGCUUUAUCAUCUUGCAUCUCAGGUUAAAAUCCAACUUGCGAUCAGUCAGAAGAUUGCGAUUUGCGUUUAAAAAUACUAAAGGAGAAGACCGAUAAACUAUGUAUACGAAAAACUGACACAAUUUUAGUGAAAAAGAAUAGAAAUUCCUUUAAAAUGAAAAUUUGUAAGGUAUUUUUGGUUAACUUGUUAAAUAUUGUAAAAAUAGCUUCAAAAGUCGAUUUGUUUAAAAAUAAUUAAUAACUUUUCUAAAGAUGCACAAAAAACUUUAAUUUCCAGUGAUAAUACGAACAAUAUCACAUGUGUAUUCUAGCCUCUAACGGUACCUAUUAAAGAGGAAAGAAUAAAUAACAAAAAAUCGUUUGCGUGCUAUUUGGGUUGCAUACGUUACAGGAAUGUGAUAAUGUUUUAAUAUUAUGUUGGUAUCCUAUAAUAAAUAGGAUAUUAUUUUUAUAUAGCCUUCUAAUAGAAGUGUUAGGUAUUGAUUUUGGGAACUACGUUGUUAUAACAUUUUCGAUUACUGAAUUUAACUAGUUUGUUUAAUCAAAUUUGCCGCCUUUACUUCAGAAUUUGUUAUGACAUUGAGCAAAAACUAAACAAUAAUUAUUUCUGUAAAAAGAUAACUAUUAUUAGGUAUAAAAAGUGAGUAAAUAAAUUAGCAGCCAUAUAUUUAUUUACUAAAAUAUAUUUUUCUUGCAAUUUAUGUAUAAACAUAUUUAUUCUACGUCAAGUAUACUAAUAUAAUAUGUAUUUUUUGUAGAUUAGCCCACUAUGUAAUAUAAAGGAAAACAAAAAUGUUAACCUCUUUAUUUGAUAUUGUGAUAUAAUAUGUAUUAUUAAUGUUGAUCUGGUUUUUAAAUUGUUAUUUUACCAGGUGUAUCAUUUUUUUUUAAUUUCUCCCACUAAUUAAGAUUACCUAAUGUUAUAUUAUUUUCAUUGAUUUAUUUACAACUUUUGAUCAGAACUGAGAUGAGAAAAAUAACCGAUAAAAAUCAAAUCUGGUAUUUGAAUAUUUACGAUAAUAGACCUAUGCUCUUCUGGAGCGUAAUGGAGUAUUACAUACAGAGGACAUCCUCUAUAUUACUUUAUGUGGUUAAACCACCUGAUUUUGGGGUAGCUAGAAGAGCUUUUCUCCAUAUUAAUGACUUGAUUUUGGACUUGUGUCCUAAAAAUGUGUGUUCCAGGCAGCGAGGCAUCGACUUAGUCGGUCCCAGGUAAAUAAAGUUCGGUUACAGUUUUAUUGAAUCCAUGAUCUGACAAAAUAAAUUAAUUUUAAUUUUUCUAUGAAAUUUGCUAAGAGAACUAAUAUUGUUUUUGUCAUUUCUUCUUUUUCGGCUUUUCUUCUUCGGUUCGUGCCCCAGAUUUUUUUUGAAUCCAUUUUUAUUUAACUAAAUAAAAAUAGGUAAUAACUUUAAAACCUCAAGAUUAUGUUUCUGCGGUAAUAUAUGAAAUUUGCUAAGAGAACUAAUAUUGUUUUUGUCAUUUCUUCUUUUUCGGCUUUUCUUCUUCGGUUCGUGCCCCAGAUUUUUUUUGAACCAUUUUUAUUUAACUAAAUAAAAAUAAUAAAUUUAAAACCUCAAGAUUAUGUUUCUGCAGUAUAAUGUGAAACCGUAAUUAAAUAUUAGUACUGAGUACUUAACAAAUAUAAUUUUAUAUUAAUUGAAUGCAACACUAGAUUCUUUACCUACAGAGUACAACUGACAAACUAUUCUGUAUUAGUAUAGGAAUAAUCACAUGAAAUAAUACUAAAUCUAAAUCUAAAAAUCUCUAAACUAAACUUUAUGUAAUACGGGCACCACACUCUCGGCGAAGUUACUUCGCCAAAGUUGACCGAAGUCCGAAGUGCCUCUCUACACACUCGUUCUACUUCGCGAGGAACACAUUCAAGCGGUGCGAUACCGACAAAGAUCCCUUUGACUCGGUCGCACCAGACCGACAGAUUUUGGAAGUAGAACGAAGUUAGGCAAAGUUACACAAGGUGUCUACACUCCCGUACUCGUUGAACCUCGAUCAACUUCGGCGAGAAUGUGGACGCCAUUAAACGCCGUCCAGGGAUUAAUACUCGAUACCUAUUAAUAAGUACAUAAUACUUAAAUUACACAGGCGGCAAGAAAACAAUAUCACAAUCGUGUUUAUUUUACUAGAAAUCAUUCAUUUCCUCUUAUAACUUCUGAUACAAAACUUAACAACUUACAAGAAAAUUGAAGAAAAUAAACAAAGCAUUCUCAUUUAGAGCAAAGUUAUUUGGUUGAAAUAAUAUAAUAUCUUUGACCAAUAAAUUAUAUUAUUACAUGGUAAGAAUUCUAUGCGGCAUUACAUAUUUUUGUAUGCAAAACUAACAAACACUGAUUAGGGUAUUAUGUCGAAUUUAAACCAGAUUAAAAAAAAAUGAAUUUUUCUAUUUUAGUAUUUUGCAUAACACCAGCAGAAAAAAGCUCAUUCUGGCGCCCCCCAAAUAGGGGCGCCCGCCUGCAGUGCAUCCCUUGCAGGCCCGUUAUCGCCGGCCCUGUAUGUAUGUGUAUAUAUUGUGCAAAGGGGGUUUAGACAAGGAGAUUCUAUCUCACCCAAACUAUUUACCUUAGCUCUAGAAGAUAUGUUUCGAACUUUAGAAUGGGCAAAUAAAGGAGUGACGAUAGACGGCGAAAACUUAAACCAUCUGAGAUUUGCCGAUGAUAUUACGCUAAUAGCAAAAGACAGAGAAGAAUUGCAGGAAAUGCUAUUGGACCUAAAUACCAAAUCAAAAGGAAUAGGAUUAUAACCACCGAAUCUCUAGAUAUAAAUGAGAAUAUAACGCUGGACAACAAUAAUAUAGAAAAAGUUGAGUCGUAUAUAUACUUAGGACAAAAAAUAGAACUGUCAAAACUUAACCUAAAGGCUAAUUUAAAUAGAAGAUGUUCUUUAGCAUGGGCAGCAUUUGGUUCGAUUACCAUAAAACUUGGUACUGUUUUUUACUUGAGCUAAAGUUUUGUCUUUGCGUCGGUAACUUUCUUCUUUUACCGUUGUUCUCUCUGAUUAUAGUUGUUUUUGUUUUCCCUAUCAAUCAAGCUUAUCACCAUUUUUAUGGGACCUCUUUGAUUUAAUAGAAAUUCGCGAUCAUCCAGAGGCACUUUUUGAGAUUUGCUACAAAGACAAUUAAUCAGAGUGUCACAUUUGCAUGCUGCAAGAUCGAGACGUGUAGUUUUACUUUUGUUGUUAAUUUUAUUUUUGUAAAAUUCACUGUUUUGCCUGUUCUUAAACGGUUUCAUAAGUUUCAUAUAUUUGUCAUGUUAGGCAUUUAAAAAGCUGAAUAAUAAUUCUUGUAUGUUAAAUUAUUGGAAUUAAAGUCUUUUUACAUAUUUCCUCCAAUUUAAUUGCAACCUGUUCGGCAAUACCAGAAAAUUCUGGCUCUUUCUUGCUGAGUGUUUUAUCCUCUAGCAACCACAAAACCUCAUCGCUUUGUUUUUCGGUAAAACAUUUUCAGUUAUAUUUGGCGGUUGCCCAAAAAUGGGGCGGUCCACAGCAUAUCUUGAUUUUAUUCCCCAUGGUCCUGGUUUAUCUAUUUUAAAAAUCUUUAAUUUACAAACAACAAUAAUAACAAAGGAAAGUAUCGCACCAAACAUAAGUGAAAAUUACACGCACGGACUCACGAAGCGGGAUAUUUCAAAGGGGUUGGGAGACUGAAAAAACAAAUAAAACUUUAAAUAUCGUUUAAAUUUGUAAUUGACAACAUUUAAGUUUUCUUUAAUUUAUCUUAGAUCCAGUUAGCACAUAUUUUAUUCCAAAUAAUAUAAAUUUAGAAAAAAAAAUUAAAAAUCUAAUAUGCUAAAAAAUAUCACUAGCAACUUUUUCACGCUAUUAGAUAUAAUAUUUCAUUUUUUCGAUGCACCCUAGUGCCCAUAGGCGAAAAAAAUUUACGAAGAAAGAUUAUAUUUUCGCCAGAGAUCGUAACUGACAACCAAAUAAUCUCACUGGGCAACAAAAGGUUUGAUCCAACACAACGAAGAACCGUCAGGUAACGAUCACGUUACUAUACAUUAGUACGUUCCAUGCGUUCUGUGUCUGUAUAUCGUGCGUUCCAUGGGUUAUUUUGUUUACUGCGCAGGACGGUGAUGGACGGUUUCUCGUUGUGUUGGAACAAACCUGACAUAAACUCUUUUGCCCCAAAAUUUUGUUGCCUAAUUCUUAUACAUGCUUUUUACACUGAAUUCAAAAAUGAUAAAAUCAUCUAUUACGCAAGGUUUUUUUGUUACUAGGGAGUUUUUGUGCACACAAAUACGUAAACGUAACGCAUCUUUUUGACAUAUACGCUUGCGCAUUAAUGGUUGAACUCCUGUAUCGCGAUACGUAUUACCUAAGGUUACGGGCUGGUACGUUAGGUUCAUACGCAUCCCUAUCGAGCCGAAAGUCACCGAAUGCACACGAGGAUCUUGCCCGAUUACCUACCAAAUGAACAUUUCAUCAGCGUACUACCUGUUUAUAAAUAUUUUAAGGUUAUAUUGGUUAUUGGUUUAGUCUAUUUGAGUAAAAUUAUUCUGUGUUUGUAAUUGGAAAUUGGAGCUUCAUAAUAGAUUUAAAAUUUUAUUGUUUUUAAGUUGUCUAUUAAUAAAGCAAAACAAACAAAUCUUGUAUUAAUUUAAGAAAUACAGUGAUCACCACAAUUAAUAACUAGAUAAACAAAUGACCUAGUUUCAGUAAAAUUUUCAAAUAAAUAUUACCACACUAUUUACAUUAUACCUACUGGAAUUCUGAUGUAGGUAUACAAUAAUUUACAACUAUGAAGUAGGUAUAAACAAAAAUAAAACAAUUUUAACCUAAGGAAAAAGAAUAUUUUUAUAUUUAAAUAGAAGCAAUUAAAACCAUACAAUUUCAUCAUUCAUUUAUCUUUUUUUACAUUUGUAUAUUAAUUGUAUAUUGUGUGAACACUGUUUUAUUUUUUUAAAUGUCAACGGAAUUGACUUUACGAUUUGCUUUACGUUACGUUAAGGCAGUUACAAAAACUACCUAUUUUAACAUUCAUCCUCUACGACACGUUAGUUGCUUUACGUAUACGGAGAUGCGUACGUUACGUAGCAACAAAAACUCCCUACUGUCAAAUACAUAAAUAUAUACACUUUUUACCUAUUUACAACUAUUCAGAUAUGGGUUUACUCUGUUAAGGCCCGGUCUUUUCACCUCCGAAUAACUAGUUAUCGGGAAGUUUAUCUGACAGAUUUACAUUUACAUGUAAUCUGCCAGAUAAACUUCCCGAUAACUAGUUAUUAGGAGGUGAAAAGACCGGGCAUUAACAGAGUUAAGAUUUACAUUUACAUGUAAUCUUCCAGAUAAACUUCCCGAUAACUAGUUAUUCGGAGGUGGAAAGACCGGGCCUUAAAGGUGGUUCUGAGGAAUUUUCUUGAGUAUUUUGCUUCUACUACAUCUCUUCUAAGAGCCCAUUAGUAGUUAGCCAGCAUUCUCGUACUCCAUUUUCCUUGACAUAGUUUUUCCAUGCUUGAAAUAUUUUGACGAAAACGUUUUUCAUGUUUAUCACUAAAACGUCUUCGAGAUUUUGUGGGAAAAAGUCCAAGUGGGAAAUAAAGAAAUGGAUUUUUAAGAGACAUAUUGCAGCCUAAGUUACAAUAGGCUCUGAGUAAAUCUUUGACGUAAUCCUUGUAGUUGUCAGGUAUAUGGCUUUUUAAGAAAUUUGUAACCACAUUUUUGAAACAGGUCCAUUCCCUUUUUUUCUAAGUAAUUAAGAUUGCUUUCGAAAUCAUUAUAUUUCACGGCAUCUCUUAUUUGAGGCGCUCAGAGCAAUAGUAGCCUAAGCCACAAAUUGCAACAUUAAAUCUUCGGAUUAAGAAGGGUCUACACAACCUACCUCUAUAUUUGGCUAAAUGGUGUUAAAUAAUUUGUAGCGCCAUCCCGUAAGCAUAAUGGAAAUACGAAUGCAAAUAUUGAAUUUAUCUCAAAACUUCGUUUUUGGGAUUAGGCCACUGUUGCUCUGAGCGCCUCAUUUGUGGAUCUACAAAUAUGCCCUCUUUGAGUUGAGCAUCACUUAGUCUACGAAACUUUCUUUUAAGUACAAACAACCUUGUUCAUUUUUGUCUAUAGCUUUGACAAAGUUUUUGAUCAUGCCUAACUUAAUAUUAAGUGGUGGCAGAUAUAUUUUUUAAGGAUCAACCAAAGGUGUGUUUUGAAAAUUUUUCUUUCCAGGUUCAAGGCAUCUCCACUCAGGCCAUGUUUUUUUACAAUGGUUUUUGCAUUCUCGGCAUUCACACAAAAAGUAGCAAAACUUUGUAUAUUCAUCCUGCAAGCCAAGCCAGACAGCUAUCUUUUGACAUCUCCAAAGCAUGAGCCAAAGGGUUGAAAGCAAUUCGUUGCCGUUAUGAAAUAGAACAGUCUUAGGCUAAUUUUUAAUGAGUUCUUCUGGUUAAUGCUCAUGCCCUAAAGUAUUUAUUACUGCUGAAAUGUCAUUACAAUAAACUAACUCACCGUCUUAGGAGAAGAAAUCCUCUUGUCUGUUCCUAAAGUAACAUACUUUAGUAUCUUUGCCAAGUAAGUUCCAACCGUUAAGGCGUGACUCAAACAGUUUGGUUGUCCCUUUGAUAAACUUAAAUCGCAAACCAAAUCAUUAAUGCCUGGUUGCACCAACAGAUCUUAAGCUCCAGCUUAGCUAAGCUCUACUUAUAGGUUGGGCCUCCUUGAGUGUCACUUAUGUUGCACCAUAAUUUUCGAGUCCUACCUUAUUAUCAAUUAUAUUUAUUAUUAUACUAUGAUAUUUUUAUUAUAAUAUAUUAUAAUUAUAUUAUAUUAAUUCUUAUGUUAUUCUCAUCUUAAGCUUAAGAUCUGUUGGUGCAACCGGGCAUAAGAUCUUCUUGAGAUAAUACAUGAGAUUUAGUGAAUAUCUCAUAACUAAAAUCUUUUAUAUUAUCAUCUUUUUCUUCUUCAUCUGGCUUAGAACUUGUACUUUCACUACUGUCGAUGGACGUUGGAUCAGGCAGUAUUGGUAACUUGGUAUGAUUUGACUUACAUGUAAUCCCUUUUGCAAUUGUUAAGCAAAAGUAACAGCCAGAAACAUAAUCCAUAGGUUUUCUCCACAUUAUUAAAAGGGGCCCAAUUUUUGUACCCACUCAAAUUACAAUCAAAAUAAAUUUCAUAACACUUUUUAAUCAAAGGGGAAUCGAGAUACAGAUACGCGAUAUUUAACUCGAGGUAAGGGAAAACAUUUCACUUAGGUAUUCAUUGUAAUUUCAGGGGUAAAGUAUUAUUUGUAUAAUGUAAGGUAAAAAUCAGAAAUCAAGUAGUGUUUAGAAAAAAAUCCUUGCGUGAUUGAAUAUUUUUGACUCCUAUUCAUCAAAAUACCUAAGAAAUAGUGGAAAUAAUACAUGAGGCAAAAUGUGUGUUGCCCAGUGCUUUAAAUUUUAAUGCGUUUAUUGAAAUCUAUAAAACUACUCGUAUGACUAAACCAGUUAUCUUAGUAUUAAAAGCAGUAUAGUACAAUAGAACAAUAAAAAUUAAAAUUGUACUUGAUACACCUGAUAAUAUUUUUUAUGUGUAUACCAUAUUUAUGUGAAUAUAGUAUAUAUAAUUAAUUAUAUUAAUUGAUAAUUUCUUAUUAUAUUUUAUUAAUCAUAUUUGUAAAUAUUUUUUCUAGAAUUAUUGAUACAAUUAAUUUAGUUUAAGUUGACAAUUUUUUGAUAAAUGUCUUAAGUGUAAUAUAUUAUUUGUUUCUAUUUAAUAUGCUAAUACAGUCGAACCCGAUUAUUGGAAUAUCCUUCGUGCCAAGAAAAAUAUUUUUAUAUCCGGGAUAUUCUAAUAACCAAUUAUUAGUGUCUAGUAGAAACCUUUCGGGACCUCAAAUUUCUAUUCCUAAAUACUCCAGGGUAAUAGGUAAGCUAGAAAUAGACCAUGUUCGAGACACUUAAAAAUCCAGGUAGCUGACUACUUUCUUUGUUAUUAUAGAACUAUAGGAAGAAAACCUACCUGUUUCCUGUAGAGUUUGUUUCUGUCCGCUUUUUAUUUAUUAACAAUUUAGUGCAAAAAUCGCGAUUUCUUCGAUUCUUUGCACCCCAUUUAAAAGCUAAAUAGUUGACAUAAUAUUACAAAAUUUAAUUUUUUAGAACAUUAAAGAACCUUCAAAUGCCGAUUUUUGAAAUUUAAAAAGUUUUGGUAAGUGGCUAGUUUUGGUAAGUGAAGGGGGAGCUGGGAGCUGACAAAUGCACGAGUUCAAAAACUAAAAAAGGCAACUUAAAACUAUUAUCAUUUUCUCUAUCUCGGGAUGUACUGAAUAUUUUGAUCGUUCUUUUUUUAAUUUGUAUGUAAUUUUUCUGUACAUUACAAAUAUGCAAUUUGUCUAGACAUUUAUUAAUUAAUAAACAGUCUAAUUUGUUAAAACAAUGUUUGAAAAAAUAAUUUUUUCCCAAAAAUCCCAUUUUAAUCAUACUAUCGUUAUUAAUCAUAGAAAAAGUUACGGUAUACUUUAAUAAAUAAAUUAUCUUCAAUAAAUAAUUAUCUAAUAAAAUUCGUUUAUUUAUUAAAGUGUACUUUAACUUUUUCUAUGAUCACUAAUGAUAUUAUGAUUAAAAAAAUAAUUUUUGUAAAAAAAAUAUAUUUUUCAACAAUUGUUUAAACAAAUUAGACUGUUUAAUAAUUAAUAAAUUUAUAAACAAAUUGCAUAUUUGUAAUGUACGUAGAAAUUACAUAGACAUUAAAAAAAGAAAGAUCAAAAUCCAUUGAGUUGAUCCGGAGAUACAGAAAAUUAUAGUCGUUUGAAAUUGCCCUUUCGGUAUUUUAACUCGGUGGAUUUGUAGGUUCCCCCUAGCAAUCGUUUGAACUAUAAUUUUGAAAAAUCGUAGAGGGUACUAUGAAGGUACAAGUUUGGUGCAAAUUUUUUAAGAAAAAAUAAUGAGAUUCCUUAAUUAUUAUAAACAAAUUAGCUGUGAAUUAAAAAUAAAUAUAUGGCUAACUUUGUCCCAAAUGAACCCAGGCUAAUUUUUUUAUUGGAAAAUUCGUGUUGAAAUAUUGUUUCUACGGACAACAUUUUUAAAGUUAUUCGAAAUGUUUAUAAACUACUUACAAAAUUUCAAAAAUUUGGCAUUAGGAUUUUUGACUAUACUAAUUACUUAUCUUUUUUUUUUUAUACAUUUUGAUACUAUCAGUCUUCUACUUUCAUUUGGCAUACUCAGAAUUGCCCUAUCUUCAUUAUUUUCUGUCUUAUGUUAAUGCAAAAUAAAGGUCUCUGGGAUAAACAAAUAGAAUAACACUUAAACUAAUUAAUGGAUCGGUCUCAAAUUUUGAAGGUAUGUUCAGUAUGCCAGUACCCAACUUUGGGUGAAACACUAAAGUUCUAAGGUAGUUUUAGUAAAAGUUAUUAACAAAUAACGAUUUUCAUUUAUUUUGCCGUUUGCGUAGCAACAAAUUAACCUUUUAACUUUCAAAAAUAGGAAUUUUGAAGGUUUUUCAAUGUCCUAAAAAACUAAAUUUUGUAAUUUUAUGUCAACUAUUUAGCUUUUGAAUGGAGUGCAAAAAAUCGAAAAAAUUGCGAUAUUUGCACUAAAUUGUUAACAAUUAAAAAACGGACGCCAACUCUAGGCAGGAAACAGGUAGGUUUUCCUCCUAUAUGUCUACAAUAAAUAACAAAGUAGUCAGCUACCUGGAUUUUUGAGUGUCCCGAGAAAAUUCUUAUUACUCUGGACUAAAAUCCGGCCACUCAGAGUACUGCGGUUUGGUCGUGUAAUUUUGUCGAAUUCGACCAAAUUGACAAAAAUUUUGAUCAUGCGUGACCGUGUAUUCAACAAAAUCGUACAAUUUCACCACAGAGAGCCUGGCCUGUCUGAUGCCGUAUUACAGAAUUGAUAUCAUCGAUAUCAUGAUUGAUAUCAUCUUGUCGAACGACACCGCAGUGCCGUGAGUGGCGGUCUUUAAAGCGGGAUGUUCCUGUAACCGGUAUCCUAAUAAGCGGGUUAGGCUGAAAUACUUAUAAUUUAUCUAAAACUACCACCACACAGGGCGGUGCGAAUUUAAAUGAACUUUUUAUGAAUUUUUAAAAGAUCUUGCUGCACCAAUUAUUGCGAGUUUCAAAAUUUCUAGCACCUGUUGUGAUCUUAACGUGACUUGUAUAUUUAAAAUAAAGUUUAUUUCAUUAA